GCUGAGUGCGGUGUUAAACAACCAACCAACCAACCGCACUUAAAUGGUUUUUGAGAAAAUGUGUCCCCUUUGACGGAAGGAAGGACGGGCGGACGGACGAACUCCGUUUCUAUAUUCCCCGCCCAAUUUCACGGCGGGGAAUAAUAAACUACAAAACGUCGUCCACACAGCUCGCAUUGUCCCACAUUUUGACCCCGAAUCUGGGUCACUAGCUAUCAAUGUCACAGGGCACAGGGAAGGCCAAAGGUCGAUGGUGUUACAAAAUGGCGCACAUGUUCAAUGCAGGGAUAGAGCUAACCUUCACAGGUGACAACAUUGCUAUUUUACGAAUGCGAAAUGGGGAAAACAGAAUUGACAGAAUAUUCACAGAAGCUUUCAACAAAGCGCUGGAUACAGUAGAAAGGAAUUCCGACUGUCGGGCCCUGAUAACCACAGCGGAAGGGAAGUUUUACAGCAAUGGCCUGAAUCUCGACUUUCUGAAGGGGAAAGAACGCUACUUGUUUGGUCUCUUAUGUUUGCGUGUGUUGACGUUCCCCGUCGUCACUGUCGCCGCUAUUAACGGUCACGCGUUUGCUGGUGGCGCGCUGUUGGCCUUGUAUCACGACUUCCGGGUCAUGCAGACCAAGCGCGGGUGGAUCUCACUUAACGAAGUCUUCAUCAAGGCCCCACUUUCUGGAAGCAUGCCAUUGAUCAGAGCUAAACUAUCAGGUCGGGCCAGUCACGAUCUUGCUGUCUUGGGCAAGAGGUACACAGCGGAAGAAGCAAGGGAUUAUGGGAUUGUAGAUGUGGCCUCUUCACCGGAAGACCUGAUGUCGUCUGCAAGGUCACUGGUCAAUCAAUACACGUCGAAACAGAAAUAUGACAGAGACACCCUAAAGGCCUUUAAGGAGGACUUGUACAGAGAGGUUGUUGACGCUUAUUCCUCGCUCAUGAAGUCAAGAUUGUAAUAGAUCUAGCACAUUGUGUGUGUGAUUCUGACUAUGAUUAUGUUUAUAUACAGAGGUACUGAAUGCAAAUUCAUUCGUACUAUUGCAAGGAAAGCAUAUUCCCGGGUCAAGGGGGUUAAUUGACUACGAAAGUCCAGUUAACUCCCUUGAAAAUGCAAUGAAAGUGAUUUGGAAGUGAUCAAACAAGAACAUUGUGUUCCAUUACAAGUACAAGAACUCUGUUAAACAGGUAUUAAUUCUCCAUGGAGAAUAUUGAAUGUGAGCCCCUCGUCCACAGUGGGUAUUAAACCUCCACGGAGAAUAUUGAAUGUGAGCCCCUCGUCCACAGUGGGUAUUAAACCUCGAUGAAGAAUAUUGAAUGUGAGCCCCUCGUCCACAGUGGGUAUUAAACCUCCAUGGAGAAUAUUGAAUGUGAGCCCCUCGUCCACAGUGGGUAUUAAACCUCCAUGGAGAAUAUUGAAUGUGAGCCCCUCGUCCACAGUGGGUAUUAAACCUCCAUGGAGACUAUUGAAUGUGGGCCCCUCACUUGAAAUUUCAAGAUAAUGAGCAACCUCGAAAUGAGUUAGUAUCUUGAAUUUUCAAGUACGUAUCUUGAAAUUUCAAGUUAUGUAUCUUGAUAUUUCAACAUAGCAUCUUGACAUUUAAAAAACAAAAACAAACAAAUGGCCCUAAAAGGCUUGUAUGAGUGUCCAUGCAUUCUUUUUAAAUCGGCAGUAUUAAUUCAGCUCUCUUUUUUUAAGAGAAUAUGGUUUCAACAGCCGAUCGGUAAUCAUCAUACAAUAAUGUGAUUACAUAUAUUAUACAGAAGUCACUGCUAUAUAUUAUAUGCAGUCCCUCUCAAUGCAAACUAAUGUAAUAAAUUGGAUAAAAUUA